UACUUAGAGGGGAGACGCAUCAUUUGUGCAGUGGUGGAAGCAAAGUCUCUUGGUAUCUGUCAGAGCUCACAGCAGGCAGCAUUUCCAUUUGUUUUCCCUGCACGUUGUUGUGUAAUGAAAGCGAUGUGGAUUUACAGGCUCGUUGUUGGACUCGCAGUCGUUUCUUGCUGCGAGAGCAGGCGAAAUGCUCUCCAAGACUAUCAGAAAUCCGAAGGUACCCGACUGGCUGUUGUGUCUCCGGAUUCCUCACAUCUGACCAAAAGCAGGAAACUGAGCUUAACCAAAUGUGCAAAAACGUGCAGUCGUGGAAAAAGACUCCCAUUCAACUGCAGAGCGUUCCUCUAUGAUCAUCGGAACAGGAAAUGCCAGUGGCUUUCAUUUGACAGAAAUUCAGCAGGAGCUCAAAGCCAUCAGAACAUUGACUAUGACCUCUAUCAAAAGAAAGACUACAUAAGGGAAUGCAUUGUGGGGACAGGUCAGAGCUACAGGGGGCGGAGGUCAGUGACAGUCAGUGGGAUCCUAUGCCAAGCCUGGGCCUCCCCAAUACCUCAUGAGCACAAAUUCAUGUCUAAGCGGUACAGGAAAAAGGACCUAAUAGAGAAUUAUUGCCGCAACCCAGACAACUCCACUGUUGGUCCAUGGUGCUUCACCACUGACCCCAGGCCAGAUCUCCGACAUCAGGAGUGUGGCAUACCACAGUGUUCACAAGUUGAGUGUAUUACCUGUAAUGGGGAAGAUUACAGAGGACCAAUGGACUAUACAGAAAGUGGGAAAGAAUGUCAACGAUGGGACCUGAAUGAACCUCACAAGCAUACAUACCACCCCUCAAGAUACCCUGACAAAGGCCUACAUGAUAACUACUGUAGGAACCCCGAUGGACGUCACAGACCAUGGUGCUUUACCACAGACCCAAAUACACACUGGGAGUACUGCAACAUCAAAGUUUGUGAAACUCCUCCUAAAAGUCCUGAGGCGGAGACAACCGAGUGCUAUGAGGGCAGAGGAGAGGGUUACAGAGGCACAGCAGACACGACGCCCAUCGGACUCGCCUGCCAACGCUGGGAUUCUCAGUAUCCACAUAACCACACAUUCCUACCUGAAGCGUACCCUUGCAAGGACCUGAAAGAGAACUAUUGUCGAAAUCCAGAUGGUCAAGAAUUCCCCUGGUGUUUCACUACAGACCCAAGAGUACGCACAAUGUUCUGCACCCACAUCCCUCAGUGCGGCAUCCAGAACAGUCCUGUCAGUGACUGUUUCUUAGGCUUUGGAGAGAAUUACCAAGGAGAGCAGUCAAGGACUAGAUCAAACCUACCCUGCGCUCCCUGGAGAGACCACAGCAACAGGGGGGAGAGGAGCAUGCUGAUGGCUGGCCUAGAGGGAAAUUUCUGCAGAAAUCCUGAUAAGGACAAACAUGGUCCGUGGUGUUUCACCAACAAUUCUGCCAUUAGCUGGGAUUACUGCAACGUAAAACCUUGUGAUGCUUUGCAAAACAGCAUUCCACCAGUCUUUGUAGCUGAGCCAACCCCUGUGAGGUGUUUUGUCCAUAAAAGAACCAGGAUUGUGGGAGGAGCUCCAGUUGGCAUAUCAGACGGCAGCUGGAUGGUUAGCAUACAGAAAGGAUCGGUGCAUUGGUGUGGGGGUUCCCUUGUGCGAGAGGAGUGGGUACUUACUGACAGACAAUGCUUCUCCUCCUGUGUUCCGGACCUCAGUGAGUAUCGGGUGUGGCUGGGAGUCUCUGAUCUUCGAGAAGGAUCUCCUGACAGGCCUAAGAGACAGGAAGUCAGAAUAGCUCAAGUGAUAUGUGGCCCCAAUGGAUCUAGCUUGGCCCUCCUGAGACUCUCAAAGCCCGCCCGUCCUGCAGACAAUGUCCACACAAUUCAGCUACCUGUGGCUGGAUGCUCCAUCCCAGAGGGAACCAUGUGCAAAAUGUAUGGAUGGGGAGAGACAAAAGGCACUGGUCAUGAUGACGUCCUAAAGGCAGUGGACUUGCCCAUUGUUGGAAAUGAUAGGUGCAGAGAAAUGCAUAGAGGGAACUUCCAUAUCACCAACACCAAGAUCUGUGCAGGGGGGAAACGGAACGAGGGAGUGUGUGAGAGAGAUUAUGGGGGCCCUCUUGUGUGUCAAGAUGGUGAUCUCAAAGUUAUUGUUGGCAUCAGUGUCCAUGGCAGAGGCUGCGCUCGAGCCAACCAGCCUGGCAUUUUUAUUAAUGUCCCCUUCUACACACAGUGGAUUUACAAGGUCUUUCGAUAUAACCCAAACUCUGAAACUGCUUAGAAACAAAUCACUACUAGGGGACUAAAUUAAAACUAGACCCUCUCUUCUUUAACUCCAGUGGACAUCUUUAACUCAGAACAUCUGGUUUCUGUGACUCAGAUACCUGUGGGGCCUGCAGCUGAAGAUGAAAGUCUGAGGAAGUACUUGCAGUGAUGAUGGCUUUAAAAUCACUAGCAAAUACCAUACUGACUUCAGUACAGGAGUCAGUAACUAGUGGUUGAUUACAAAGAUGGAAACGUAUUACUUCUCAUAUCGUAGACAUGUAACAUCAUGUAAUUUUUGAACCAUCUAGAGGGAGAACAGUUUUGAUAAUAGACAGUUAUUACAUAAGAAAAGGACGCUUUUGAGUCAGUCAGAACCAGAGUCAAAAAAUACAAACAGGAUUGCGAAAAAGUAUUUGCCCCUUUUAUCUUACCUGUUUCGGUUCCUGGAACAACUAUUAAUAUAAGAUGAUAUGACCAAAGUUAAUUUUACAAAGCAAUCUUUAAAUUAUUAACUUAUUAAAGGACAAAAUGCAUCCAGACCAACCUGGCCCUUUGUGAAAAAGUUAAUAGCUGGAUAAGUCAGAUUUCCCACUGGGAAACUGGCCAGUUACAACUUGUAAGGCCAACUUUGCUUUUCAAUAUGGACCUCCUCACAUCAGCAAUAGUGAGAUUUUGUGGAAUUAUGUUUAGGUAACACUUUAUUUGAAGGGAUUGCAUAAGACUGACACAACACCUGUCAUGAACAUGAAGGUUUCUUCAUAAAUGUCAACGACUGUUGUCAUGAGUUAAAUAAUGACACUUUUAUUGCAAAGUUGACACUUUUAAUGUAUUUUUGAUGCUAGUUUUAAUGCAACAUUGCUUUAAAAAACUCAUUAUUUACCUUCACUGACAACAGUCAUAAGCAUUAAUGAAGACCCCUUCAUGUUCACGACAGUUGUUAUGUCAUGUUUAUGACAGUGUCAUGUCAGUCAUAUGCACAGCCCUUCAAAUAAAGUGUUACUGAUGUUCAUUUUAAAAGACAAACAUGUGAGAGCGUGUCUAUAUUCAUGUAGCACCUGCAACUAUAAACUAAUUAAAAGUGAUGUUUGCUUAUGGAAAAAGUUUAAAGCUGAUGUUUGUUAGAGGUACUGUUAAAUGUUUGUGAGUGUCGCCAUGUUGAAAUUCCAACUAAUCCUCUAGUGACCUUGGGUCUGACGUAAAACUGAAGCUUUGAGUUCCGAUUUCCGAUAAAACUGGAAAGCAGCGUUAGUGCGACUAACUGUCAGUCCAUAAUAGCAGUGGCUGCCACCAAACGAAGCCUAACCAAUUAGGUUUUUAGGGCAAUUAUUCUUUCACAUAAUGCCAUGUUAGUUUGUAUAGCUUUUUUCCCUUAAUAUAUUUAUCAUUCUUAUUUUAUCAUUCUUUGAAACUUCUUUUUCUCAGGUUUCCAUUCUAUAUGAGAUCUGUCAACCUUGACAGACUUUCCAUGUGUCCACUGUAGAUGUGUGUAUGUGAAUUCUCAAAUCCUGGUAUUACUUGAAUGAACUGAAUACCAAAUGCAGAGGUUCAAAUGUUGGGCCAAUUAGAAAAAAAACCUGUGGUAGAACAUGUUAAGGGCACUCCAUCCAUUUCUGAGGGGCUUAAUAAAACAAGUCCUUUAUGUAAAUAGUUAUUAAAUGAGUGUAUUUGUGACACUCUUAGUGUAAUUUAGGUCUUAUAGAUCUACAAAAUGAGAACAUGAAUGUUGUAUCAAGGAGAUAUAAGAAAAAAUUAAAGUGAUUUUUUUUUACAGUGGAAACUUUCUGUCAUCUUUCUGUUUCAUAAUUGUUAGAUUUAAAAAAAGAAUUCCUACAUUGUAAUGUUAUCACAGCACCAUGGACUGUACAUAUGUGAUCCCUUCUGUGUAAAAAAUGAAAGAAGUGCCUAACUUUUAAGUUAUCAUUCAUGUAUAUUCAUAGACUCAUUCUGUACAAUUUCCAGUAGUUCAAGUCAUUGUGAUUAUUCCUGUUUUGUUUUUGUCCUGUUUUGUCCAUUUCUGCAGUAGUGAUUGAGAAAAAUAAACAUCUGCACAAGGAGAUAAUGUAGUCGUAUUUAAUGAAUUAGAAUAUAAUUGAAAAGUUUCAGUAACUCAGUUCAUUAAGUGAAACACAGACAGAUGUUUUCAAGUCUCUGACUCUUUUGAUUAUCUGGAUUUUCUUCUUACAGUUGAUGAAAAUUUGAAAUUUCAGAAAAAAAACACAUUUUUAAUACAGAAAUGUGGGCUCAAUGGAAAGUAUGUUUUAUACCUGCUAAAUUUUAUUUUCAGAAAUGACUUAGUCUGACAAACAAGCUUCAUUGCAACGUAUGUUACAAUUAAUUGAAUAUGACAGCAUGCAUGGAUUGAUGUUUAGCCAGGACUGAUUUAUCAGUGCAGGCAAAACUCGACUCAUCCUUAGUGUCUCCACUCUGAAUGUUAAUUUCACAAAGUCAGUCAAAUUUUGUGUACAAGGAGUAUGUCUGUUUCAUCGGAAUGACACUUAAAUUGACAAAACUUGAUAUACAUCAUAUCCAUAUUAUGUAUUUACAAUUGCGAUAACAUGGUUUUUCUUGUAAACAUGUGUUUUGGCACUGAAAUAUGCUGCAAGCUGCUACAGUCUACAUGUUGUACUAGUUGCCUUAUGUUUUCUGUAUAAUGUACAUUUGCUGUAAGGUUCCACUUACCCAUUAUGCUUAAGAAUAAACAGUUUACCUAGUGA